CAGGAAGAAACACCUCAUUUACUGUAAAAAGCUUUUGAUUGUUUUGUCUCCCUUGAGUUCUGAACCUGCUCUAAAGAUACUGUGGCAAGGCAACAUAGGAUGACCUCUGUGUUUGUGCUGGUACUCUAGAUAAUGGCUAGUUGGACUCAAGAUACCGUUAUUGAAUCACCACCAGAGCACAGCAAUAUUAUCUCUCCUAGAGAUGAGUAUGAGGUUUCACACAGACUUCAAACCUUGGAAGAGAAAAUUGGAAACAUACUGAAGAAAGCCUGCCAGCAGAAAGACCUGCCUAUCCAAGAAGAUGAAAGGGCCCCUUACCCAGAGAAAGGUGACUCCGAGUCAAGCACUGAAAUGUUGAAACUGCUUCAAUCAAUGGAAACCAAACUAAAUUGCAUUGAAACAUGCUUGGAAAAAGAUAAAGGACGAUUACUCACUACUACGCCUGAACAGAAUGAAGGUGUCAGCGACAAAUUCCUGUAUACUGUGUUGGGUAACGUCACUGACGUAGACUGGAAACACUUAAUGAGAAUCCUUGGCCUCACUGACACUGAAAUGGAGGGAAUUAAGCGGAGACACUUAUCUGAUGUUAAAGAGCAGAAAUAUCAGAUGCUGCAGCUGAUUAAACAGAAGAAACGAGAAAAAGGGGAGCCUGUGACAAAAGGAGAAAUACAACAAGCUUUACAAAUCCUCAAGCUGACAGACGUGCUGUCCUGUGUUGAAGCCGGGAGUCACACCUCAGCACCUGCUAUCUUGGGCUGAGCAAGAAGACAUUCCUUUAAAACAAAGUUUAAAACAACUGGACAUUGAAUCUGAGACACAUUUGAAAUAAAGGAAUCAAGACUGCCAGCCAGGAAUACAAUUUCUACUGACUUAUGGAUAUAAUACAAAAUAGGACAUAACCAUUCACAUCAGUCACAAUGUACUGAACUACAUUGAGACGAGCAUCAAUGAUUUUUGAUCUUGCAUUGUUUUAGUAUUAUACUAUAGUAAAUUAUUAUUUUUAAGUUUACUUCCAUUUAUAAAUUAUAUCUGUGUAUUUCAAUAAAUGUCUGGACAGCUAUCCUGGUUGAUUCAUACAGAAGGCUGAUAGAUCCUGGUUUUAUAAGUUUGAAAGUAGCAAAACACUUAGAUCAGGAUUCCAAAACUGAUGUUUUAAUGCUAAAAGGGGUACAAUGAUGACAAAAGAACCGCUUCUAACACAGUAACUGAAAGAAAGGCUACAGCUUUUUACAUGUGCAUACCAAUUUGAAACAGCACAUCAUUUGUUUCAACAAACAUUUUCACUCAAGAUAAAAUGGUGCAUUAAAAAGGAGAAUUUUUUUCUUGUGUCUUCCGUUUUCUUUUAUAGCGAAUUUUACAGGUAAUGUUUGUAAAAUUAAGAAAACCAAUCAAAACAUGUAGUUACAAUAUAAUAAAAAAGAAAUACACACCUGCACUGCAUUACAACAUUCAUAGAAUGAAUAUGACAACAUAAGUCGUACAGUUUUUUUUUUUGUUUGUUUU